UAGGGGGCUGUCUUUUCUGUUUGCUUGGGGCCACAACAGCAUCCAUAUACAGUACCAGUAAGCCCAUCAUGUACGUUCGUGUCGUCAGUGUCUCCCGGUUUCCUCAAAGGCAGGACGUGACUGCAAGACCGCAUGGACCUGAAGACUGGUGCUGAAAUGAACUCGCUAACUGGUUGAGGUCCUUCCCUUACAGGGGAAGUUUACUCUACAAAACAUGUGGAAUUAGGCUAUUUUUAACCUAGGAUUCUUUUUUUGGGGGGGAGCAUAGCCUACAGUGUCGUUUUCAGAACAUAAACAUAUGUCUACAGACACGCUUCAGUAAAACGCAUAGGCCUAAUGACGGAAAGUGGAUAAAAACAAAUUGCCUGGUCAAAGUUGUUUUGGGAUUUUCCAACUGGACAGUUGACUUGGUCUCAAAUUGUAGUUUAAAAGUACGAAAUUACCGAUUUGCCCUGUGCUUAUUGAUCAUGGAGGUCUCCACAAACGGGUCGAGUUUUGGGAUUGACUCUCUGCUGUCUCACAGACCAGCAAGCCCACACAUUUUGAAACGAGACAGUUCGAUCGAAAAAUGCCGGUCUCCACUGGAGUUAAGCCCGAGGUCCGACCUGGAAAGCGGCCGCUCGUCUCCUCCCUCCCCACGACCGGAGUCUGUCGAAGAUGCGAUGCACAGACAUGCUUUUGCACUAGAGUCCUCGCUACAGCAUGGGCAACUGCCCCAGCCACGGACAGUCGCAUCAUCUUUUCUUAUUCGCGAUAUUCUUGCAGACUAUAAUAAACCACUUGCAGCAUGUGCCCCCUACAAGAGUCAUGGACAUCCCAUGUCAGACUCAGAGCAAUUUGAGUCCAAAAUAGCGGACGACUUUAUGGAUAAAAUCCACAGCAACUCGUCCUCGGACAAUGAAUACAAAGCGAGAGACCAUGACAUGGACAGCAGCAGGGACAGUCCGUCGUCUCGGCUGAAGAAGCCCCGGAAAGCUCGAACCGCUUUCAGUGAUCACCAGCUGGCCCAGCUCGAGCGCAGCUUCGAACGCCAGAAAUACCUGAGUGUGCAGGACAGAAUGGAGUUGGCAGCUUCGCUCAACCUCAGCGACACUCAGGUCAAAACUUGGUACCAGAACAGACGAACGAAAUGGAAGCGCCAGACUGCGGUUGGACUGGAAUUGUUGGCCGAAGCUGGCAACUACUCGGCUCUUCAAAGAAUGUUUCCCUCGCCAUAUUUUUACUCACACAGUCUGGUUUCGAACCUAGAUACCACAGCGGGUUUAUAUAUGUACAGAGGACCCUCGGCACCACCACCUAUCCAGCGUCCGCUGGUUCCACGAAUUCUACUCCAUGGUCUUCAGGGAGGCGGGGAGCCGCUCUCCUCUCUGUCUGGGGUCCUCCCUCGACCUACACAUCGAUGAACGGACAUAGCUGUCAGCAGCCACGCAAGCUCCUCGCGGACAAACAAAUGGGACUGCACAUGAACAAAAAAUACUUUGGGUCGAUAUUUCUGAAAUGUAGUGAACAGUUUGGCUUUAGGGGAAAAAAGGCCAAAUAAACAUUUAUGUUUGUAGGCCUAUGUGUAAUUGAACAUUUUGUGUUUCAGAGCAGGUUUUUUCUUUUUUCUUUUUUAGGCAGACGGAUAGGCUAUCUUUUAUCAAAGUGAAAUUAUUGGAUUUAGGCCAAAAUGCAAUUUUAAUGUUAGCACAAAUCUGGGUCUGGAUUCAAUUUGUAUCGCUGAAGUUCAGCGUUCGAGCUGGCAAAGGCAAUGUUCCCGCAUUAGCGGAUACUGCAUUCACGAUAAACGAUGCAUAUGUCGGCUCAAUCGGAAAUUAGCUUUACAUUUCGAUCACGCAAUCUGUAACGCUUCAGCGAUAGAUUGAAUAGAGCCCAGUUAUUCUCUAAAAACAAAAUAAACACGUGGUUAUAGCCUAUGUUGAUAGCAAUAUUUAUAUCCUUGAUAUUUGCAAAUAAUGAAGAUGUGUGGGCCUACAUUCCAGAUUUAUCUUUCGCAUUUAAUUCAAUAUGACAUUCAUUUUUGCGCUCAAAAUUGGACGACCAAUACGGGGCAACAGUGAAACUUUUUGAAGACGUAGCCUAAUUUGAAAUUGUUCCCGCAAUGUCAUGUGGUUAUUUCAAGGUAUCCCAUCCCAGUUAAAGCCAAAACAAGGGGUUGUAUUUAAGUUUCUUAAAUGUACUUUUACACAUUUUACAAAAAUAACCCUACACUCAAAAUAUGUGUUCGAAAGAAGACAGUACAGUUAGAAUUUUUAUUUUAUUAGGCCUAUUUAACAUGUAUUUUGACAGGGAGUCAUGUUAGCCAAUCAAUGGGCACAGAAUUGCACACUGGCCUCUAUAUGGUUCAAAUGAAAUUAAGGAAUCAUUAGAAAUGAAAGCAAAACGUGGCCUAGGGUGGUCUAGCAGUCUGGCCGCUGCUUCUGGUGCACAAAAACACUGGAUAGGUGCAGUGAAAUGUGGUGUUUUACAUGGUCAGCCAUAGUAGUAGGAGCCCCUGGAGCAAAUUAGC